UGGGGGCUGGGCCCAGGGCUGGGGCUGGGACCGCUGUAUGCAAUGGGAACCAGGGCCUGGAGUGGGGGCACAGGCCCCAGCAUUUGACUGCCCAGUCUGGUGUGUCCUCUGCCAGGGAUGCAGGGCCAGGCUCAGGGAGGCCUGCCAGAGAGGGAGGGGGGCCAUCAGACUGCCCACAGACAUGCUUAGCAUCAAACUCCCCCAGCUCUUUGACAUCCACCAAGUCCCCAAGGUGUUCCGGGAGGAUGGCAUCAUCUCGGGAUAUCGUCACCCCCAAAGCUCCGCCCUGGACUGCAUCCUUAGCAGCUUCCAGAUGACCAAUGAGACCGUGAACAUCUGGACCCACUUCCUGCCCACAUGGUACUUCCUGUGGCGCUUCAGUGUCCUGUGCUCCACACUGAACUUCCUGUCGGAGAGCUACACCUGGCCGCUGCUGGUGUACAUGCUGCUAAUCUGCGUGUACCCCUUCACCUCCAGCUGUGCCCACACCUUCAGCACUAUGUCCCCCGAGGCACGCCACAUCUGCUACUUCUUCGACUACGGCGCCCUCAGCCUCUACAGCCUGGGUUGUGCCAUAACUUAUAGCUCCUAUGUGAUGCCUGACUGCUGGGUCAACAGCUGGCUGCACCAACACUUUGUGCCCAUCGCCAUCUGCAACACACUAUUCUGCACCAGCCUGUCCUGCUAUUCUAGAUUCCUGGAGAUGCAGUUUCCACACCGGAGUAAAAUUCUCCGGACAGGGGCAUUUGUCUUUCCAUUCAUCUUUGACAACAUCCCUCUAUUUUACAGACUGCUGCUGUGCUGCGGGGGCAGCUGCUGUCACAGUGAGGCCCUGCCCAGUCACUGUUACCACCUCCUCUUUGCCUUCCUCACCUGCUUCCUGUUUGCCUCACACCUCCCAGAGAGGCGCCCCGGGCGCUUCGACUACUUUGGUCACAGUCACCAGCUUUUCCACAUCUGUGCCGUGGUGGGUACCCACUUCCAGAUGGAGGCGGUGCUAGCAGAUAUGACCUCACGCAGGGCGUGGCUCAUCGCCCAGGCGGCCGUACCCUCCUUCCUGAGUACCCUGGGGGCACUGGCCCUCGGCAUCAUCCUCAACCUAGGCAUCAUUGGCAUCUUCAGUGCACCUCUGCUGUGGAACCCUCACCACAGUGCCAAACACCCACUGACGCCACCCACGAAACGCAAGGAACAGUGACACUCCCCACAACCAGUGACCACCCAGUAUGUUCAGAUGAAAAGGUUUGGCUAAAUCAUUCUACCAGUCGUGAACUUUGGAAAUAAUAACCAUAAGUUAUAUUCUACCUUUUAAAACCAGGUAGUAUUUGUAUAAACCCAUUGGAUUAUUAUCACAGGAUGGUUUUUCUACAUGUUAUUCUAAUGUCAUUAUAAGGUUUGUUUAGGAAUUUAUUAAUGUGUUCACUGUUUGAAGCCGAAUACCCAGCUAUUUUUAUGAAGCCUUUCAGUUAUUCAGUAUCAUUGUAUAAUGUUAAAAGUUUUGGAGGUAUUUUGAGUUAAAGUAUCAUUUCACUUCUUCUUUUCAUUUAUACUUGAAAGGAUCUGGGUUGUAUGAAGCAUAUGUGAUGUUUAACAACACAUAAAAGUGCCUUUUUUAUAUAUAUAUAUAUAUAUUGACCCAAAUGUUACCUAAGUACUCGUAAAUAUUAUUUCUGGUUUGUGUAAAUCUCAAACUGGAAAAAUCUUUAACUGUAAAUUUGCAGGGAAUUUUCAUAUUAAUAUAUAAGUAUUUAGCUACUGUUUUUCAAAUGUCCUAUAUAUUUGUAAGCCAUUAUUAGAACAUCUCAAAACCCAUAUUUAAUAUAAAUUAUGACUAUCCAUUACAUGAUUCUCAUGACUUCUAAAAUAAUCUGUACUCUCACUAACUGGACUACUUAGUAUGAUUCCACCAUUUUGUUUUAAUAUUCAAUACCAUCUCAUUUAAAUCUCCACUAUGACUUUAAUAGAUUUACAGACCAGUGUAGUGCUCAUUCAGAUUAACCUGCUCUAAACGUCUACACUAAAAAAGGUGCUAUCUAGGACCUAAAAGGGUUCUUCGACUGCUCCCAUUGGAGAAUCCUUUAAAGAACCCUUUUUGGUUCCAGCUAGAACCCUUUUGAGUUCCUUGUAGAACCCUUUCCACAGAGGGUUCUACAUAGAACCCAAAAGAGUUCUACCUGAAACCAAAAAGGGUUCUCCUAUGGGGACAGCCGAAGAACCCUUUUGGAACCCUUUCUUUCUAAGUGUGUACCUGAAAGCUACAGCACUGUACCAUGUCUAUGAUUAAAAAACAGGUGACAUUUUACAGAGGUAUGUUUCCAUGGAAACUUCAUGGUUCUUCGCAGUUUGUGUUCCUGUGAAUGACCAGUCACUUGAAUUGUUCUUUGGAGUACUCUUCUUUUUUACUUCUACAACAUACAGUAAUGGUCAUUGGAUGCAUUUUUUUGAAACACUACGUGCUGUUUAAAUGUCCGAGAAUUACUGAAAUUCUAGGACAUUCCAAAUGACCCUGUUUAUAACAGCUAUCUGAUGGAAGAAAUCUUAGAUGAUGGUGCACAACAGAACUGAAUGAGUGAUGUCACCUCGCCUCCCAGGAAUGGGGAUGUGGUCAGUGGAGGUCAAAGGGUCUUGGCAGUGUCGUAUUCAUGUGGUAUCGUGGUGGUCAUUGCAGGUUUAUGGCAAACCAAUACACCACUCACCCCAUGCUGGUAUAACAUUGUCAGUGGCUAUUGUUUACAUGUAUCCUCGAAAAAGAGUGUGGUAUCUCUUGAGUAUUUAUUCCUUGAAGUAUAUAUAACAGCACCUACUGUUUCCGUUCAGUUGUAAAGUGUGAAGCAUAUGUACAGGUAAUGUACAGCCAAAAUAAAGGAAACACCAAUGUAAAGUGUCUUAAUAGGGUUUUGGGCCACCACGAGCCACCAGAACAGCUUCUAUGCCUUGGCAUAGAUUCUACAAGUGUCUGGAACUCUAUUGGAGGGAUGCGACACCAUUCUUCCAUGAGAAGUUCCAUUAUUUGGUGUUAUGUUGAUGGUGGUGGAAAACGCUGUCUUCGGUGCCGCUCCAGAUUCUCCCAUAAGUGUUCAGUUGGGUUGAGAUCUGGUGACGGAGACACACACACACACCCUUUAAAACCCUUAUGCUCCUUUGAGACCCCUCUUUCAAAGUCACUGAAAUCUCUUCUUGCUAUGGUAGCAAAACAAUGGGAAACUGGGCAUUUUUAUACAUGACCCUAAGCAUGAUGGGAUAUUAAGUGCUUAAUUAACGCAGGAAGCACACCUGUGUGGAAGCACAUGCUUUCAAUAUACUUUGUAUCCCUCAUUUACUCAAGUGUUUCCUUUUUUUCUGGGAAUUACCUGCAUAUUUACAUUAUUAUUUUUGUAAAUGUUUUAGAUGAGGAAAAAUGAUUAAUUACAUCCCCAACAUCAUAUAAUCAUUUCUUGACAUAAUAGCUCUUACAUGUACCACGCUAGACCUAACACACAUGUCAUUAUUUUAUCAUGUAGCUCUGUGUCCAGUAUGUAGGGGAGACCAGGGUUGGUUGUCACAGUGCUUAUAACUCCCAAACUAGAGGGUGCUGUGUAAUCAUUUUUAGAUUAAAAUGUGUGAAUUCUUUGAAAGAACUAAUCCAUCUGGUUAAUUUAUGUCAUCAUAUCAAAAGGUGAGGGGAUUUUUUUUCAUAGAUGAAAGUUUAAAAAAAUAUAAAAAAGAUGUCAGUAUUUUUUAAAAUAAAUGUUUGAAUUAUGGGAGUAUACAUGUAAAAAAAAGAAAUUAUAGGGAGAGCUACAUUCCUAAACCAUGUGGUAACUAUCAUCCUAAUUAGCAUUGGGUGCUGUUCCUAUAAACCUCCCGUCCCAAAUAACACCUUUGGCUGGCAUAUCAAAAUGUGUUGGGAAUAAUAUACAGUUGAAAUCAUUAAAACUCGUUUUUCAACCAUUCCACAAAUUUUCUGUUAACAAACUAUAGUUUUGGCAAGUCGGUUAGGACAUCUACUUUGUGCAUGGCACAAGUCAUUUUUCCAACAAUUGUUGUUGACAGACAGAAUAUUUCACAUAUAUUUCACUGUAUCACAAUUCCAGUGGGUCAGAGGUUUACAUACACUAAGUUGACUGUGCCUUUAAACAGCUUGGAAAAUUCCAGAAAAUUAUGUCAUGGCUUUAGAAGCUUUUGAUAGGCGAAUUGACAUAAUUUGAGUCAAUUGGAGAUGUACCUGUGGAUGUAUUUCAAGGCCUAUCUUCAAACUCAGUGCCUCUUUGCUUGACAUCAUGGGAAAAUUAAAAGAAAUCAGCCAAGACCUCAGAAAAAAAUUGUAGUCCUCCACAAGUCUGACUCAUCCUUGGGAGCAAUUUCCAAAUGCCUGAAGGUACCACUUUCAUAUGUACAAACAAUAGUACCCAAAUAUAAACACCAUGGGUCCACGCAGCCGCCAUACCGCUCAAGAAGGAGAUGCAUUCUGUCUCCUAGAGAUGAACGUACUUUGGUGCGAAAAGUGCAAAUCAAUUCCAGAACAACAGCAAAGAACCUUGUGAAGAUGCUGGAGGAAACAGGUACAAAAGUAUCUAUAUCCACAGUGAAAUGAGUCCUAUAUUGACAUAACCUGAAAGGCUGCUCAGCAAGGAAGAAGCCACUGCUCCAAAACUGCCAUAAAAAAGCCAGACUACAGUUUGCAACUGCACAUGGGGACAAAGAUUGUACUUUUUGGAGAAAUGUCCUCUGGUCUGAUAAAACAAAAAUAGAACUGUUUGGCCAUAAUGACCAUCGUUAUGUUUGGAGGAAAAAGGGGGAGGCUUGCAAGCCAAAGAACACCAUCCCAACCGUGAAGCAUGGGGGUGGCAGCAUCAUGUUGUGGGGGUGCUUUGCUGCAGGAGGGACUGGUGCACUUCACAAAAUAGAUGGCAUCAUGAGGGUGGAAAAUUGUAGAUGUAUUGAAGAAACAUCUCAAGACAUCAGUCAGGAAGUUAAAGCUCCGUCACAAAUGUGUCUUCAAAUGAACAAUGACCCCAAGCAUACUUCCAAAGUUGUGGAAAAAUGGCUUAAGGACAACAGAGUCAAGGUAUUGGAAUGGCCAUCACAAAGCCCUGACCUCAAUCCUAUAGAAAAUCUGUGGUCAGAACUGAAAAAGUGUGUGCGAGCAAGGAGGCCUACAAACCUGACUCAGUUACACCAGCUCUGUCAGAAGGAAUGGGCCAAAAUUCACCCAACUUAUUGUGGGAAGCUUGUGGAAGGCUACCUGAAGUGUUUGACCCAAGUUAAACAAUUUAAAGGCAAUGCUACCAAAUACUAAUUGAGUGCAUGUAAACCUCUGGCCCACUGGGAAUGUGAUGAAAGUAAUAAAAGCUGAAAUAAAUCAUUAUCUCUACUAUUAUUCUGACAUUUCACAUUCUUAAAAUAAAGUGGUGAGCCUGACUGACCUAAGACAGGGAAUUUUUACUAGGAUUAAAUGUCAGGAAUUGUGACAAACUGAGUUCAAAUGCAUUUGGCUAAGGUGUAUGUAAACUUGCACAUUGGGAAGAUGUUGCAGAGACAUGAAAAUAGAAUAUGAAUGCCUGGCCGACAUAUACAUUCUGCAGUUCUACAUAGUUUAUGUAGUCUAAAAACAUCUGUGAGAUGCCAAUUAGCAAACAAUGUCUAAACUGCAUCUCCCUAUUCAUAGCGUGUACAUCCAUUGGCCAGAGGUUUCUCUGCUAUCUGGGUUUGUUGCCUUUCUCUCCCAAACACUUUUUCUGUCACACACCGACACAUCUACACAUGUGUGCAAACACACGCACACACAAAUUGACUCAAAAUGUCAUAUGUUGUUCUCAAGGCAUAAAAUGCUGAAUUUUGCGAGGAAUAUCAUUCGAUCAAAGAAAGGCAUGGCUAUUUCUAAGAUGCUGUAUACUAUAUUGCUUCAUUUCCUGUUACAAAUGGAAAGAACUACUAGCCAACAUUGUGACAACCAACCCCAUCAGCGGAGUCUGCCUAGGGGUGGACGGCACAUAAUAAUGGCUGGAACAGAGCAAAUGGAAUGACUUCAACCGCAUGUAAACUAUGUGUUUGGGGUAUUUGAUACCAUUCCACUGAUUCCACUUCAGCCAUUACCACGAGCCCGUCCUCCCCAAUUUAGGUGCCACCAACCUCCUGUGAACCUUAUACUGUGUGACAACCAACCCUGCGAUGGGGCUGGUUGUCACAAGUGGACAGAGUGUGUUUGAUGGCUUAUUACUCCAUGCUGGAAUAAGACAUACUAAUAGGAUCCCUAUUUCAACCCAAGACCUUGGUCUUUCUAUUAAUGUUGAAGGAGUCUUGUUAUAUAUACACACCAGAGUAAAACGUGUGACAACCAACCUCAGUCUCCCCUAAAGGCUUUGGGUGGUUAUGAGGGAAUAUAAAGUGAUAUUGUGAUCAGUGAGGGAAAUGGACUGUGUUGCAGGUCGAGCAGAGUGUACAGGCAGUGUAGGCACACACACAAAUGCACACACGCGCACAUACACACAUAGACGCACUUCAUUUUACUCCAACGAGUGCCCUAUUGUUUGAAAACCAUUUUUUGUUUCCAGGGGUUAGUUUAUUGAACACAGAUAGAUCUAUAUGUUUGCCCUUUUCCUCAUCAUUAUACUACUCAGUUUUCCACUAUUGAUUUUGGUAUGGUGCUUUCAUCGUCUUACGACUUGUUUCUUGGAAGUGGGUUGUGACUAGCGUGUGGCCGACCAUAUCGACCAUAACUGUAUCUGAAUUGACAUAUUGUAGUGCUGAAUAUAUCUGCAGUUGGUGGAAAACGCUGUCUUCGGUGCUAAAUUUCUAAACAUUCUGUCAUGCUUUUGUCAUUGAAAUCUACUUUCGAUUUUUAACUAGAUUAUCGCUGGGAAAAAGUGGUGACCUAUUAGUUCAAAUGCGUCUGUUUGUUUACGGCGAUCCCUUUCAUGAAGCUACAAUGAUGAUUUCUCAUAGUGUGUUCAUAUUGAAUGACAUGUUACAGUAAGUAAAAUAGGAAGUUAUGCAAAGAUUUGGUUGGAUGACACAGAGAACCACACACCAAGGAACUUCCAGUGACUACUGAAGAGUGCUAGGUUUUAGCAAAGAGGAAAGAAGCGGUUUGAAUGAAUGUCUGUGCCCAUUGUCCUUUCUGACAACCUUUAAUUCAACCUUUAUUUUAAUUUAGCAUAUGUGCUGUGUUUUGUGUGGAGAACUUAAUAUAGUUCCUGAGGGGAAAAAACACAAAAAAACAACAUUUCCUUGUUACUAAAAUUGUAUCAAUGCUGCCUUAUUAGAGUGUAUUCAUCACUGGAAUAAUUUCUCUAAUAAAAAUGACUUACCACAUA